AUUCAUUCGACCCUUCCUUCGACCGGAGUGAAGUCGGGCAGCAACCUCUAGUGUUUUUGGCGAGAGAGAGAAAAAAAACAUGGCAGGUUAUUUGAAGGUCCUAAGCUCUCUCAGCAGGUCUGCUGCCACUCUAUCCAAAAGCCCCGCCGUUCUUGCUCCAGCUUGCCAGAGUUUGCAACAGAGGAACAAGUCUAUCACCGGCUUCGCUCACAGCUGCUUCCAGUACGCCAUCCAGAAGAAAUGGCCUCUCUACAUGAGCACCAAGAACACCAUCCUGAAGGCUUAUGACGGCAGAUUCAAGGACAUCUUCCAGGAUAUCUUUGAGAAAAACUACAAGCCAGAGUUUGACAAGCUGAAGAUCUGGUAUGAACACAGACUGAUUGAUGACAUGGUGGCUCAGGUGCUGAAGUCAUCCGGUGCCUUUGUGUGGGCCUGCAAGAACUAUGAUGGAGAUGUGCAGUCGGACAUUCUUGCUCAGGGUUUCGGUUCUCUGGGUUUGAUGACCUCAGUUCUGGUGUGUCCUGAUGGUAAGACCAUUGAAGCCGAGGCAGCACACGGCACAGUAACCAGGCAUUACCGUGAGCACCAGAAGGGAAGGCCAACUAGCACUAACCCCAUUGCCAGCAUCUUCGCAUGGACUAGAGGACUGGAACACCGUGGCAAACUUGAUGGAAACCCAGACCUGAUCAAGUUCUCUCAAACUCUUGAACGUGUGUGCGUGGAGACUGUGGAGAGCGGCGUUAUGACCAAGGAUCUGGCCGGCUGCAUUCACGGUCUCGCCAACUGCAAGCUGAAUGAGCAUUACGUCAACACCACAGACUUCCUGGAUGCCAUCAAGACAAACCUGGACAAGGCUCUGGGCAAAUGAAGGACAACAGGCCCGGACACCGCGGAGCGCGUCUGUCUUUUUGUACCUCAUUUUUAACUUAAAGGUCAUGAAUACAACAUAAUGUAUUAAGGGAGGAGUAAUAAAACAAUAGUGAUGUUCCUAGCUGUUCUGUUAGCUAAUCCUGCUGAUGGGUCGCUCCCAUCUCUUCCCGAACCUCCAGGGGUCUAUUUUUGUAAGAUGAAGUACUGUAUGUCAGAAACUGUAUAAUACCACAGGAGAAAAGGAAAGUUCAAGGGCCAUGUGAGAAACCCUCUAAUAAAUCACCAAGUCACCUGGAA